AGUGGAUGGAAAUGGUGGCACGGCGAUCUAUAGAAGGUAAAUGUCAAUUUAUCAAAAUUCAUGCUGGAUUGCUAUUAUAUUAGUUAGUACCUACUGAAAAUGUCCAGUAAAGGUGCUAAAAGCAAGAAGAAGCCCAUAGAAACCACACUGGGGAAAGCCUCCAACAAAAAUGAAAUGGAUGUGGCACUUCUUAAAAAACCCAUUGAAACCAAUGUUAAUGGACUUCAACAGGCCAUACUAUUACUUAAUAAUGCUACCCUCGAGGUCAAAAACUACAUAUCCUAUGAAUGUGACAUAAUGUAUGAAUGUAAAGUUUGCAAGUCAAUUUUUAGAAGUUUAGCAAAUUUUAUUCUACAUAAAAGAAAGUUUUGUUCAGAUCAAUAUUAUGAUUUUAGUAAUGACAGUACUUUGAGUGAACAUGGAGAAAAUAAUAAUGACCCUAUUCACUUGGAUAUUUCUUCUAAUAAAUCCAAAGAUACCUCCAAAGACUUGACACCUAUAAUAAAAAAACUACAUGAGAAGCAAAAGAUCAUGGAAAUGGAAUGUUCCACAAUCAAUGAGGAUCUGACUGAUCAAAUAGAUUCUGUACAAGAAGAAAGAGUGAAUUUAAAGGAUCAGAAAAUCCAUUUAGAACCAAUUGAUGACAAUCCCACAGCUGUUUUUCAAACAAUGAUAAACAGUCUUAAAUCGAGUGAUGGUAAAAGCUUUAUAAAAACUGAAGUUAUGGAAAUUCACAGUAUACUGGACAACAAUGAGGCUGUCUUGGGAUCAGACGGAAAAAUCUGCAACUUUAAUAAAGAAAAAUCUAAUCUAAGUAAUAAUUUAGUUUGCAUUAAAUGCCAAAUGCGAUUUUCAACGAAAAAAACGCUUAGAUAUCAUAUUAAAUACAAACACAACAAAACGAGGAUGGUUUUUAUUUGCCCGGAAUGCAAGCAGAGCUUUGCAAAUGCCUGGGGCGUGUACCGCCACCUUUACAAGGUGCACCGUAAGUCGAUUGCGCAGGUGCGCAAGAUGCGAAAUCAGAUCAAUUCGUCGAUGGUGCGCAGAGAUCAGGAACCCGUUCAAAAGCCGGACAAAAAUUUAAGCGAAGAUAUCGAGAAGGAUGUUAAUGAUUCUGAAAACCAAUGGAUGAGCAAUUUCGAAGGCGACAAUGACUUACAAAUGUGCGGAGGAUGCGGCAAAAGGUUUGAACGUAAAGCUGCUCUACAUUCCCAUUCUCAGAUGUGCCUAAAACGUAUUACAAUCUGUCAAAAUAUUAAGGAUAACAUUAAAAAGAAGGAACAUGAACUGGAAAAGGAAUUAAAAGCUAAGAAACUUCAAAAAUUGAAUUCGGUCAAAGGAUCAGCCAAAAGAAAGCCUAAUUUAAUAAGAACAUACAAGCAAAGUAAAAAACAAAAUGAGACUGAUAAAGAUAUCAAUGAAAAUGUUGGCAAUAAAGCUGAGGUUCAAAAAGAACCAGACAAAAACGAAGAAGUGGAUAAAACGGAAAUAAAACCACUCAGUCCAAAAGGAACUCAAUUUGUAGGUUUUAGCCAAGAAGUGAAUGAUGGCUUGCCAAAAAUUAUUUUAGAAUUGGCUCAAGACGCUCCUAAAACCUUGGGUGCAGACUUUAAAAAGGAAAAAAUAAAAGUAAGCAAAUCCAUAUUUAAAUCGUUAUCUGAGACUAACGUAAACGACGAAUACGAAAUAUCCGAUUUAUCGUGCUCGAUCUUAAAUUCAAUAAAAAAAUCAAAGCGUAUAACAACGAUGAAAGAAAAAAAUAAAAACAAAAAACGAACAUAUUCUGUCGACAUAAAGACAAUACCAAUAGAGUGUAAUAAUUCGGAUGAAGACAGCAACUUUUUAUCCAUAGCCGCUCCUUUUAUGAACCAAAAAACCCUUACCUGCAAAUCCUGCCAAAAAAAUUUCGAUUCGGAAACGCAACUUUUAUGGCACAUGUCGGCCCAUUUUUCCUGGUUCCGUUUCCAGUGCAGUCGAUGUUCGUUUGUCUCGUUUAGUAAAUUCGAUUGUACCGAUCACGCGAUUAAAAAUCACGCGGUGCACCGUUCUUUGAUCCCGAGUGUCGUUUUACCUAUUCCGAACUGGAAGACUGUUUUAAUGUCGCACGAAUUUACGCCAUUAACUAAUAACGUAGACUGUAAGGGGAAACUUACUGACGAAAUUAUAAGUUUUCGUACAGAUGAAAUUGUUAAUUCUCUGGAAAACAAAAAUUGCUUUGAAGAUAGUAAACACUCAGUGUCAAAUUUAUUUUAUGACUAUUGCAAUAUUAAAACAGACGACGAUGUAUGUUCAAGUGAUAUUUUAACAAGCCCGAUUAAAAGCGAAAUCAUUGACAUAACAGACACUGAUGAAGAAUCGUUUCAAGUGGAGUUGCCGCAAGAAAUUUAUGUCUUUGACGAAGGCACCCUAUUGAAUGAAGAUCUUGAUAUUGAACGCGUUAACGGGUUUGAUUCCGGCGUUUCCAUAAAUAUUGAACAAAACGAUGAGGAAGAAAGUUUUCUUCCAAAAUUCGAAGCUCAAAAGGUACCCGAAGUUACGGAUGAUGGUGUCAAAAAUAAAAUCGUUCCUCCUGUUGAUUUCUGUGAUAUUAAGUUAAAAUCCAACGUAUCUCAUCGUCCCACAAGAAACCGUACUAAAAGCAAAACUUUAUCAAGCGAUUUUAUCUACGAUUUAAACAAAGUUCUUAAAUUAAACGAUGCCGCCACGCCUAGUGUAAAAGGAAAGAGGAAUUCUAAACAAAAAGAAGAAGAUUCAAAAACCGAAAAUUCUAAAAAGAAGAAAGUUGUUUUGGGAUGAACAUUUGUAGUUAUAGUAUUUAACUUAUACCUUAUGGAUUUUUUAAUAAAUGUUGUUAAAUGUUUUAUUUAGGUUUAAAAUAUUUUUCUUACAAG